AUGACAACAUCAUUCCAGAACAAAACGGUCAUCGUGGCUGGUGGAUUUUCCGGGAUUGGAUUGUCAACAGUCAUCCACCUUCUCGAUCUGUGCGAGGCUAUUCAUGUUAUCGAUGUCAGCGACUUUCCUCCUUCGAACUUUGCUCAAGAUAAUGUCUACUUCUAUCCUUCAGUUGAUGUGAGCUUGCGCGAAUCCGUAUCUCAGACCUUCAAAUCAAUUCUUGCACGGUCACCCCGUAUUCAUGGUCUAGUAAACUGCGCCGGUAUCAGUCCUUCAAUAGCGACAAUUCCCGAGCCAGACGCCACUUUCGACAGAGUCAUGGCUGUGAACUGUCGAGGAACUUGGACGCUUGGUACCGAGUUCCUCCGCCAUAUCCAAUCCAUCCACAAGGAUGGGUUACCAACAUAUUCUACGAGCAUGGUGAUAAUUGGCUCAUCAGCAUCAAUGCGAGGCUAUAGGUCUCUUGCUGCGUAUACUUGCAGCAAGCAUGCUGUCCUGGGCCUGGCUCGUGCGUGGGCACUAGAGUAUGCACAAAUGGGCCUUCGUGUCAAUCUGGUUGCUCCUGGUUCAACAAUGACACCUAUGUUUCAGGCUCAACUUGCAAAUAGCGGUCUAAGGAAUGAAUCAACCCUCCAAGCAGUGGCCCAAAUCCCUAUGGCUCGAUGGGCCGAGCCCUCGGAGAUUGCGAGCAUGAUUGGAUUUUUGCUGAGCGAUGCGGCUUCGUAUAUCACCGGUCAGGCAAUUCCCGUCAAUGGUGGAGAAUUCUAG